CAAAAUGGUAAACUGAGUGCUCCACUCCACCCCUAUUUUCCCUCCAAUUCCAUUUCUGCCCCAGCCCUAACUUGCGCACCUCACGUGACUCUCUGCUUCAUUCGAUCAGUCUUACGACCAGAACCAGUCACUCCCUGCUUCUACUGAAUCCUAUGAAUUGAAAUGGGUCCUCUUGAAGAUGAAGGAAAUCGCAGCGGUGAUGAUUCAAGAAACGACAAUUUGGGUGCAGAUUUGAGCGACAUGGCAACCCAGCAAAUCGACAGUCAAUUUUCUCCCGGUGGCAUUUCUGAAAGUGAUGGAGCUGGUGAUUUUCUACAUCUUAUGAAUACAGUGCCUGUCGCUGAUGCUUGUCUAUUGGAAGAUGCAUUUGAAACUCAAUUUGUGGAUCUUGCUGGUGAAACUCAAGUCUUGGAUGAUCUUGAGUUUUUAAACGAGUUCACUGCUGAAGUUGGCGGUGUGAGCAAAUGUGGAGGAACAUAUGAAACCCAGGCUUUGUGUGACACCCAAUUAUUGUCACAGGAUGACUCUGUGAAAAUUGAUUGCAGUAUUUCAGUUGGAUUGAAGAGCACAAUGGACAAUUAUAUUCCCGUACAAGUUGAUAAUAGUUCUGGAACACCAUCUGAGACAUACAGUAAUGAAGGGCAUCGAUCAGGAUCCAUCUGCAGAGGAUUUACUUCAAUCCGUGCUGCAUCAACUAGGGCCUCAGGUUUGGCAGCCCGUGCCAAAGGAGCUAACCACAAUUUGUGUACCACUAGUAGUGACAAAUCUUCUCUAGAACAACAAACACGUGAACAAGAUGGUUCAUCUGUUGUUGGCUAUAUGUCAAAGUCUGGCAGGGAAAAUGACCAGGAAUGUAGUGAGAAUGAGUAUGGUGAAGACACUGAGGAACUAAGGAAUUCAAUGAAGGUUGGUUGUACAGCUGUGAGGAAGCUUUUUGAAGAGGAUGAAGUUGCUGAAGUUGAUCAAUCAGAAGCUGGCAUUAACAAGACAGAUGAUAAUGGCAUUAACCAGACAGAUGAUAAUCUUAACAAACCUGAUGCUUCUGAAAAUUGCUUGGCAGGGUUGAGCUAUGCCAAUUCUCAGGAACCAGGAGAGUUAUCACAAGCCUAUGCACUUGAGGUUGUGGACAGGUUUCUUGAUCUUAAUGUCAUGGAAUAUGAUGAAGGGUUUGGCUCAAGAGUCCACCAUGCAGGAAAAUCAAAUGUUGUCUCUGCUGCAAAAGGUUCUCGAGAUCUGGCCAAAAGUUCUAUCCUCAAAAGCACAGAUGUAGAAUGUGGAAUUUAUGAUUGGGAUGAUACUCGUGAAGAUGAUGGUGGGGGAGACUUUUUCUUGAAGAAGAAACAACUUUUCUUUGACAAGGAAAGUCCAAAAAAGAGAUGCCUUACCGAACCGAGGAAACCUAGGUAUACUGACGUUAGAGGUGGUAAGGCUGGUCGAAAUAAUGGAGAUGGAAAAGAUCAAAAGGACGCCAAGAAUAAAUUAGGGGAUUCAGUUUACUCAGAUUCAGGGUUGAUGAUGCAUAAACUGAGAGCAAAAAGAAAAUCUCUUUAUUGUGGAGAAGAGGCAGUCAACAAGGAUCUUAGAAAGGAUUUUGAUGAACAGUUAAAGGUGGUGUCUGGCCCCCAAUUGGCAGAUAAUUAUUCAAACAAGGACGUUCAAGAUAUAGGAAAUAUAGGUCCUGAUACGCAGAUUGCUGCUGAAGCCAUGGAGACUCUGUGUUUUGAAUUACACUUGGCUGAUGGUUCUAGUAAUGGUCCUAAUAAAGGUGCUGUUGGCACAGCAAAACCUACCAGGAAAAAUCGAAUGAGGAAUAGAAAUGUGCACUCAGAACAAUGCAGAAAAACAACAUAUCCGGCUAGUGUUAGAGUUACUAGACAAGCCAAACAGAUAAAAAGGACCAGCGUUGACGCAAGUAACGGAUCCUCUCUUUCACCAAAACGGUCCAAAAAAAUUAGGAAGGGACAUGAAACUGUGCUAAGGGAGGCAGAACAAAGGACGAUUUCCGAUGUGAAUGAUUUCUCAUAUCAUGGAACAGAAUCAACUGAUCAAACUUCUGAAAAGAAGUCUCAGUUGGAGGAGCAGCUUUCAAAUUCGGUUCCCGUGGCUCAUCGGACUAGGAAAUACACGGAAUUAAAUGGUUCAAAAGCAGCUGCUAAUUCAUUUGAUGCUGCGGAGGAGAUAAAUGAUCUGAUAAGCACUCGUGUCGUGAGAAAAAGGAGAACAGCUGUCAAAGAUAAAAAUGCUGAAAUGGUCACCAGGGAGAAAAUUAAAAUGGUUGGAUCAACCGGGUCUAAAAGUUUGGAUAGAACAUGUGUUGGUACACUUAGUGCUGCAAAUAUCGACAGGACAUAUAAUCUACGAGGAAAAAGAUCCCAACAAGAAAAAUUGUUUGAGCAUAAAGCCAACACACAAAAUCAUGGAAGGUUAAAAAGAUCAAGGGAGGUCGCUGCAAGUACUGUAAAUCCUGGCAGUAGUCAUUUGAAUCAGUUACAUAAUGGUUCAGCGUUGUCUUCCUUAGAUACACAGUCCGGAGGAAUGCUCUUACACCAAACUAUUGUCAAUGGAAGUUCGAGGAAUGAUUCUGCUGAACAUGAUUCUAAUUGCAUGGAUGCAAAAGCAAGUUUACAUGAUGCGGCUGGCACCAGCACAUCUAAGCAGCAUGAUGAGAAAACUGAUGAUGAGACAUCUGCUGAAGGCGCAGAAACAAAUGGCAAAGCAGAAGCAUCACCAAGAGAAAGAUGCGGAAUUUCCUCGUCAGCUUGUGUUACACCUGCCACUUGUACAACACCAAUAAACAAUGUAUCUCCUAUCUGCAUGGGUGAUGAAUAUCACAAACAGUCUUGCAGGAAGAGCCUAUCCAGGUUUUCUCUUAUCAGAGAAAUUAACAACUUGGUAACUGGCUCACCAGGACCAUAUAGCACAAUGAAAGACUCAAGAAAGAGGAAAGAUAUCACAAACAUCAAAGUGUUGUUUAGUCAACACCUGGAUGUGGAUGUUACCAAGCUGCAGAAAAGGAUAUUGGCUCGGCUGGGCGGUGCGGUUGCGUCCUCUAUGGCAGAUGCCACACAUUUUGUGGCUGAUGAGUUUGUACGCACUAGGAAUAUGCUAGAAGCAAUUGCCUAUGGGAAACCGGUGGUUACUCACUUAUGGCUUGAAAGUUGUGGACAAGCUAGUUGUCUUAUCGAUGAGAAAAAUUACAUACUUAGAGAUGCAAGGAAGGAAAGGGAGUAUGGCUUCUCUUUGCCAGGUUCUCUCUCAAGAGCAUGUCAGCAUCCUCUUUUACAGGGACAAAAAGUAUUGGUCACCCCAAACACUAAGCCUGGUAAGGACAUUCUAGCAAAUUUGGUCAAGGCGGUUGGUGGUUUGGCGGUUGAGAGACUUGGCAGAUCUGUAUUGAAAGAUGAAAAACUUCCAGACGAUCUUCUGAUUCUGUCCUGUGAAGAAGACUAUGACAUCUGUGUUCCUUUUCUUGAGAAAGGUGGAGCUGUCUACAGUUCAGAGCUGCUGUUGAAUGGAAUCGUUAAACAGAAGCUAGAGUAUGAAAGGCAUCGCCUCUUUGCUGACCAUGUCAAAAGGACUCGUUCCACAAUAUGGGUGAAAAAGAAGAACCAAUAUCUUCCUGUAACGAAAUGCAAAUAAGUAGGGUGGUAUUGUUAAUCUAUCUGCAUCUCCUGUGCCAUUGUCAAUAUGCUGCUGUGUAAGUUAUGAAGCCAUAUGGUCAGUCUUGCAGUUUUACUUGUACAUAAGUUGGUUACCCUACUACAGACCACUCCCAUCUUCA